AAAAAAACUGUAAAGCUACCAUUCCAACUUUCAAGCCCAUGUCACCAGCAUUGAAAUUGAAACCUUCCCCCAUAACCAAACCACUCCAAAAUUCUUCACAUUCACUCCACUGCAAACCUUAGGUGCGUGUACUCUCUCAGACCCACACUCUUGCUCUCUCUCUCUCUCUCUUUGCUCUAUAAAUUUCUGUCAAACACUCGACCAAAUUAAGUAGCAGAAAACUGCUUUGAAACGAUCGUGAUCGCGUUCAUUGAAUCGCAACCUGUACUGUGCUAAGGAAAAUGAGAAGAAUCGAUUGAGUUUUGAUUUAUCUACGUGGUUGAGUGCAAUGGGGUUCGUGUUUAAUUUGAGUGUUUGGAGGCCAUGUGUAGCUAUUUGGUUAUGGAUUGCUUUGGUACUCCUGCUACAGAAUGGUAGAGGAGUAGUCUCAGAUUCCAAUUAUUUGAUUGGACUUGGAAGUUAUGACAUCACAGGACCAGCCGCUGAUGUUAAUAUGAUGGGCUAUGCUAAUACAGAACAGAUCGCAUCUGGGGUUCACUUCAGGCUUCGAGCUCGCACAUUUAUUGUUGCAGAGCCACAAGGGAAUCGGGUAGUAUUUGUAAAUCUAGAUGCUUGCAUGGCUUCACAGCUUGUGACAGUAAAAGUGAUUGAGAGGUUAAAGGCAAGGUAUGGGGACCUAUAUACUGAAAAGAAUGUAGCUAUUAGCGGAAUUCACACCCAUGCAGGGCCUGGGGGUUAUCUCCAAUAUGUUACUUACAUCAUAACAUCUCUCGGUUUUGUGCGUCAAUCAUUUGACGUCCUUGUUGAUGGAAUUGAGAAAAGCAUUGUAGCAGCUCAUGAAAAUCUCCAGCCAGGAUCAGUUUUUGUUAGUAAGGGAGAGCUCCUAGAUGCUGGUGUAAGUCGCAGCCCUAGUGCUUAUCUCAAUAAUCCAGCAGCAGAGCGCAGUAAAUACAAGUAUGACGUUGAUAAGGAAAUGACACUUUUGAAGUUUGUAAGUGAUAAGUGGGGUCCAAUCGGUAGCUUCAAUUGGUUUGCCACUCAUGGAACUUCUAUGAGUCGUACAAACUCCUUGAUAAGUGGGGAUAAUAAAGGUGCUGCUGCAAGAUUUAUGGAGGACUGGUUUGAGCAGAAAGGUAUUGGAAGCUCAUAUUUUGAAGGAUUUGGAGCUGAUGGAAUUCCACAAAGAGCCUCAAACAUAAUUACCGACCUUCCUAAUAACCACCAUGAGUUACUGGAGCUUGCUGCAUCCUUCCAGUCUCCUCCUGGUAGGCCUGCAGCCAGCAUUCAAACUGUUGCAAGACGUGUCAGGGGUUCUCCCAGGCAGGAUAACAAGCCUAGAUUUGUAUCUGCCUUUUGUCAAUCAAACUGUGGUGAUGUUAGCCCAAAUGUUCUUGGAGCAUUCUGCAUAGACACUGGGUUACCUUGUGACUUUAAUCACAGUACAUGUGGUGGGAAGAAUGAGCUAUGCUAUGGACGAGGACCAGGCUACCCUGAUGAAUUUGAAAGUACACGUAUUAUUGGAAAGAGGCAAUUCAGAAAAGCUGUAGAGCUUUUUGACAAAGCAUCUGAACAGUUAACAGGGAAGGUUGACUAUCGCCACACUUAUAUAGACUUCUCACAACUUAAUGUGACACUUCCUAAAAAGGGAGGAGGGUUUGAGGUGGUAAAAACAUGUCCUGCUGCAAUGGGAUUUGCAUUUGCUGCUGGAACAACAGAUGGUCCUGGAGCUUUUGAUUUUAAGCAAGGAGAUGACAAGGGAAAUCCUUUCUGGAAGUUGGUGCGAAACUUACUUAAAACACCAGACCAGGAACAAAUUGAUUGUCAACAGCCGAAGCCCAUCUUGCUUGAUACUGGUGAAAUGAAGGAACCAUAUGAUUGGGCUCCUUCAAUACUUCCAAUCCAGGUCCUUCAAAUAGGACAGCUAGUCAUUCUCAGUGUACCCGGAGAAUUCACAACAAUGGCUGGGAGGCGUCUCCGAGAUGCUGUGAAGUCAGUGCUCACAAGUGGUGGUCAUGGAGACUUUAAUAGCAAUGUUCAUGUUGUUAUAGCAGGGUUGACUAAUACCUAUUCACAGUAUGUAACUACAUUCGAAGAGUAUGAAGUGCAGAGAUAUGAGGGAGCCUCCACAUUAUAUGGUCCACAUACGCUCAGUGCCUAUAUUCAAGAGUUCAAGAAACUUGCAAGUGCUAUCAACAGCAACCAACCUGUUCAACCAGGGCCACAACCCCCAGAUCUCUUGGAGAAGCAAAUAAGCUUACUUACCCCAGUUGUGAUAGAUGCGACACCUCGUGGUGUAAAUUUUGGGGAUUGUGACUCUGACAUUCCUCAAAACUCCACCUUUAAGAGAGGUGACUUGGUGACAGUUACCUUCUGGUCAGCUUGUCCCCGAAAUGAUCUCAUGACUGAAGCUACGUUUGCGCUUGUGGAGAUCCUCCAAGGAAAGGAUAUUUGGAUUCCUGCUUAUGAUGAUGAUGAUUUAUGCCUGCGUUUUAAGUGGUCAAGACCAUCCAAAUUCAGCAGUCGAAGUCAGGCAACAAUAGAAUGGAGAAUCCCGGAAUCUGCAUCUCCUGGUGUGUACAGGAUAAAACACUUUGGUGCUUCAAAGGGCCUUAUCGGAUCAGUUCGCCAUUUCACAGGUUCAUCUAGUGCUUUCGUGGUAACAUGAGAAUCUCUAUAUUGUUUGUUUAUGUACGCCAUUAUGUAAAGUAUUUCUGUGUGCUAUGUAUGACAAGCGGUUAGCACGAGUACGUUCAUCUUGUUUGUAUAUGUACGGCAGUAGGUAAAGCUAUUACGUUGUGCUGUAUUGUAUUCCUCGUUUUAGGCAUUGAACUCAUUACAUAUCCAAAAGAAGAAUAAUUUUAAUGCCAAUAUAAUUAUCCCCAGCAGAUUGUGUAUGAUGCAUGAUCAAUUGUACACAAGCUAAAUAAAUGAAUGAAUACAUUAAAUUAUGCUGCA